AUGGCUACACCCGGAGGUUUCUCGCUUGGUAUUUCUUCCGAGGAGAAACUAGCUCUUCCUCUCGACACAUUGAUUCAAAAGACCAAGAACCAAAAGCCAAAGAUUAAGAAGAAGAACAUGAAGAAACAGACUCAUAAGCAGCAAAAUGUCAAGAAGACGGUGCUUGUGCCCGUGUCAAAAUCUGCACGUGCUAGGACAAAUGCUGCCGUAGCAUCGGCAAAGAGACAGACGGUGAUUAAUAAGCGGCGGCCUGGACUUGUGAUGGAUGAACACAAGGGGAAAAAGAAAGUCGCGACUGUACACGUGCGACCACAAAAGACGUCGGCUUCUGCACGAAAACAGCUGAAGAAAGCAAGCAAAUUGACUCAACGAGGACUAGAUGUGUCGAACAUUAUCAACCACUUUCGGUCGCAUCCCAAGAAGUUUGACGUACCUCAGGGUAGCAACAUUCGCAUCACGAUCAAUUUUAAAAACGUCAAGCCUGUUGUUGGAGGUCACAAGUAG